CAAACUUUUGGCGUAAUGAGUGAACAUUCAGAACAGUGAUUCAUGGGUUCAAGAAUCAAGACCAUGGACUCAAAGUCCGAAAUCGCGACGCCCGACCAAAGACCAAACCCUUCGGAGAUCAUGUGCCCGCGAGAAUAUAAGGAGUUUGUCACCAAGGCGGGCUUUGCGCGCACCGAAAAAGGUGUCACCGCGCGGCGAACGCAAGGGAGCACCACUCCGGGACCAAUGAGUGACACACACACCGGGUGACACCAAGGUCGUCCCCACCACGGCCGGCGAACCGCCCCCCGCGUUACCUGCACGCCCAUCGCGCGAGCUGGUGACGCCGCCGCCGGCAAUCCUGAAAGGGUGCGCAUGACCCAGCUCGACUCCAAGAUGGCGUCGCCUGACCUCAUGAUGGAAGUGUGGGCGUCAGUGGCCUCGUGGUUCCUGCGGCCGCCGGCCGGGCGGCCAGCCAACGGCCAGGCGAGUCCCCUGAACACGGUGAGUGCAGCGAUGACUCGGCAGGCCAUCAGGUGUACCGUGCCAGGCUGCGUAUGCGACUGCUUCGUCCCAGGCAAACUUCAGCUCAGACAGUGCGAAUCGUGCAGACACGGAUGGGUAACCCAUGCUCUGGACAAACUGGGUCCUGGCCACCUAGGCCCGGUGGAGCCCGUUUCGGCGUCGGUGGCGUUCGACGUGGCCUCGCUGGUGCUGUACGGCUGCCAGGCGCUGCCCAUCAGACUCAAAAUCCUGCUCGACCGCGUCUUCUCCGUCCUGCAGCGCGACGAGGUGCUCCAGGUGUUGCACGGCUUCGGUUGGAGCCACGACGACUAUUCCAGGGGAUACAUCCUCCAGGAUCCUCAGGGAGGCGUUUUGGAACGGUGGCACAUGUGCGGCCGUGAGGAGGAACCGCUCGUUCUGCAGCAGUUCCUUCGCUUCGGCGAAACCAGGGCCAUCACCCAGCAGCUGCUGGCCCUGGACGCUCCCCCUCCCCUUCCCCCUCCAGCGUUGCGGCCGCACGCGUCCGACAUUAAGCGUUUCAUCGCCCAGACGCCGGCACCGAACAAGAAGUCCACCUCGAGUAGGGACCCUCUGGCCUUCCUGAAGGCCGCAGCGCCGCCCACCGCAGCUCCACCGACCCCGACAGCUUCUCCUGCCAGCUCAGUCCCGAGCCCCCUGUCGGUGUCCCCGCUCAACAGACUGCAAAGCAUGCAGCCCCUCGACUUCAGAAAAUCGUGCAGCCCUGAGCGCAGGGUGAUCCCUCCGUCGGCCAACAGGCGCCCCUCUGAGGAGGCCGCCCUGCCCGCGACCUUGCCCUUCCCCCUCUCAGGCGUGGGCAAGAUCGACCUGAAGCAGCACGACUUCAGCGCCAGCGACUCUGAGGACGAGAACUCGGCCCUGAACCUCAGCAGGGACGGAGCAGGUUCAGCCUCUUCGCGUGCAAUAAAGCGACAGUGGAGCCCUCUGGGGGCGACGCUGGUCAACCCUGCAACGGGCAAGAAAAGGGUGCAGUGCAGCGUGUGCAUGAAGACGUUCUGUGAUAAGGGCGCGCUCAAGAUCCACUUUUCCGCGGUGCAUUUGCGUGAAAUGCACAAGUGCACCGUGGACGGGUGCAGCAUGAUGUUCAGUUCGAGGCGCAGCCGCAACCGGCACAGCGCCAACCCCAACCCGAAGCUGCACUCGCCGCACCUGAGACGCAAGAUCUCUCCUCACGAUGGGCGCUCGUCGCACCCUCACCAUCUGUUGCUGCCGCCCCCUCCCCUGCUGGGGCUCGCGUUCCCCCCAGGCCCCCAAUUCUCAGCCGGACCUCGUCUCGACUUCUCCUCAGGUGGGUCAAUCUCCUCCGAGGAAGCGACCCUCGGAGACAGCGACAGCGUCGAGGCUCCUGCCAAGGCACGCAAGCGCAAGAACCAGCACCCCACACGAAUCACGGCGCCCUCGAGCGACGAUGACGACUGCGGCGUCAACAUGAGCGGCGUCGGCGAAGAUUCGAGCGCCGGCGACGACGAGGACAUCAACCGCAACUCGACGGACGGCUCCAAGUGCAAGGAGGAGUCGUCCGUGGCGCUGCACUCUCUGCGGCAACUUGAGAACCUCUCCUCCAACUUGGCCGGCUGAUCUCAAAGCAGCUCCCUGUCUCUCUAUCCGAAUCUCUGUCUCUCUGUGUCUGUCUGUACAAAAGGAGAAUAAAGAUGAGAAAAUCAAAAGCCCAUUUAUCAGCACACCGCGCGCGCGUGUUUUAUUUGCCAGAUGGCCCCGGCGGCGGGUAUAUUUCUGUCCCGCUCGAGUCGGCGCCACUCGACGUCGGCGGCCCACCCUGCUUUUGUUUACGCCACCAGUCACGUCCAGCCCGCGACACAUUCGACGCCAGCAGCCAGCACCGUCUCACUUUUCACUGCGCGCCCCGUUUAUACAAAAAAAAUAAUAUAUAAAACUGGAGGCGACUUCUGGAAACCUCUGAAAAAGACGUGCGCGGAGAGAAAAUGAGUGUGUUGUGUAUGUGUUUGCCACCCCAAAACGCCGCGAGUCAUGCAUCAUGGACGGCAUUAAUAAAUGAACCGACUUGAUAAUGGCAUAUCAAUCACUUCUUGUUGUUGAUGGACUUUCCUCUCUCCCGGCGGCGGCCGCGAAUAAUUCGGCGCGGGAGAUGACUCGCGUGUGCUGCGGUGACUUUUACUCGGCGGCAAUACUUAGAAAAAUGCAUCAAUCUAAAUAUUAUAAAUAUAAAUAUAGACGUAUGUGGCUGCGAAUUCUCAGUAUUUAUUAUAUAAAUAUUGCAAUAUGUAAAUGACGAAAACGAAAUACGAAAACGAUAAAUAUGUAUGUAGAUUUAAAAUGUGGACGAGAGAAUGAAAGCUCACGAUUAAAAGUUGAUCAAAACCUAUAAAAAUGCUCUGGUUUAUUAUUAUUUCUCAAUUUC